AUUCGCCAACAAUAUCACCCUCUUACUCCAUUUCAAGCUCAUUGCAGAUGAGCCAAAUGAAGUCCUUCAAUACGGGAAUGAACAGCUUUCAGUCUGAAAACAGUUACGACCUAAGCGUUAAAAGUGACAUUAGCCCGAAUGACAGCUUAAAUCGUUCUCACAGUCACAACAACAACAACUCUAAGGCAUUCAGUCUAAACAACUCAAUGAUCCAUUCAAGCGGUGGCCCCAACAACAACUUUCACCCUGUGACUCGUUCCAGCAGCCAGGACAGCGUCGGCAGUUCGACGCACUCAGAGCCGGUCAUCACUAAAAACCAGUCAACGGAACAGAAGAGCUCUUCAUCGAUGUACAUGAACCUGGUCAACAACAGCAACGGAACUUCAUCGCUCAACCACCGCCAGAUGAUAGCCUCGUACUCGGGCCAGGAAAUGAACUCCAUCUACGCGACACUGCCCGCCAACUCUCGCAUUCGCCAGAAGCAUCAGCAGCAGCAGCAGCUGAUGGAGCAGAAGCCAAACUCCAGCGACAUUAGCUCCUGUUCGAUCAUCAAGUCGCCGGCUAACUCAAAGAACAACAACAACAACACCCGCAAAAGCACUGCAGACUACCUGAUUGAGGGGGAAGAGGAAGACCCGGCGCCCACUGACUACAGCCAGCGCUUCAAGGAGCAG